AUGCGGAGAACACUGCGGAGAAACCAAGCGGCAACAAGGCCACCAUCGUCAAGAACACGGCUCAGCUCUCCAAGAUCCCACGUUAUAUCAGUCAUCCCACUCAAGAAGGUGCAAGAGAAGUCACUACAGCAGGCGAAUACGGAGAACACUGCGGAGAAACCAAGCGGUAACAAGGCCACCAUCGUCAAGAACACGGCUCAGCUCUCCAAGAUCCCACGUCAUAUCAGUCAUCCACUCAAGGAGGAGCAAGAGAAGGAACUACAACAGGCAAAUGCGGAGAACACUGCGGAGAAACCAAGCGGCAACAAGGCCACCAUCGUCAAGAACACGGCUCAGCUCUCCAAGAUCCCACGUCAUAUCAGUCAUCCACUCAAGGAGGAGCAAGAGAAGGAACUACAACAGGCAAAUGCGGAGAACACUGCGGAGAACACUAUAGAGAACACUGCGGAGAAACCAAGCGGCAAUAAGGCUACCAUCGUCAAGAACACGGCUCAGCUCUCCAAGAUCUCACGUCAUAUGCUCUCCACGGUUCCACAUCAAAUCAUCACUCAGCAAGCGGAGAACACCACUGCAACUUGGCCUGUCAUCCCCACUGUAUUGAUAUGGUAUAUUACUACAAUAACGUCAUAA